UCGGAUCUGCUGAAUACCAAUUACAGGUGAAUCAGGCUAUAAUUGCAUGUUAAUUAGGUUACCAGUACCAGCUAAUGGUCCCCAGUGAACCCCAAACAAAUAAAGUGCGUAAGUAGGCUAAGUAUGUAAAUCUCACAUCCUAUAAGGCUUGCACUGAUGAGUAAUAGUAAAUAGGCUAGUGUUUUGCAUUCUACCAAUCACCUGUUGCAGAUGCAAUCUUAUUCAAACUUUAAGCUCUUAGCCUAGCCUAGCCUAUAACGUAAUUAGUUCCAACCACAGUUCAGGAACAAUAACUAAGAAUAUAGGACUGUCUCCACCACUCUGAAAUGCGACACAAGCGAAUCCUGACAUAAUUCUAGUAAUAGCGCGUUUCCGCAUUGGAUCAGCUGAUUCGGAGGAAGUAUGCGGAAGAAGUAAAUUCGAAACCUCAAGUAACCAAACAAAAUAGUGACCUUUCUGGAAAGCUACUGACAGGAAAGUUUUUAAAAUUAUUUUAAAGCAGAAGAGUAUCUGUACCAGUUCCACUCCAGUAGUUAUUUCACAGAGGUAGCCUAGUAACUGAACGGUCAUCAUCAUGGCAUGCAGCGACUCUAUGGUCACCAUGAAUGGAACCCAGGUUUCCUAUAUUGGACACGACUGUGAGGACAUCCCAGAGUUCCUUGGAGAAAGAUAUGGAUGCUUGGCAAGGCGGCUAGAUCUCAGCUUCAAUCAGCUACGGUCACUGACUGGCCUCAAAGCGUUCACUGGGCUGGAAGAACUGGUCGUCGACAACAAUCUGCUCGGAAACGACCUCCAGUUGCCCAGGUUACCCACCCUCCACACCCUGACACUCAAUAAGAACCAACUGACUGACAUCGAGGCCCUGCUGGAACACUUGGCGGAGGCAACUCCGUCGCUGCAGUACCUCAGCCUGCUGGGAAACGAGGCCUGUCCCAACCAGCUGGUCAGCCUGGACAAGGAUGAGGAUGACUACCAGAGAUACAGGUACUUUGUUCUGCACAAGCUACCCACCCUAAAGUUCCUAGACACUAGGAAGGUUUGUAAGACAGAACAGCAGGAGGCUGAAGCACGGGGAGCCUUCAUGAAGGUGGUUAAACCCAAGGCAUCAGACAUGGUGGCCCCAGGUGACCCUAAGUCUGAGAGUCCCUCCACACUCUACACCCCUCUACCCAGAGGCUCUAGAGACGGCAAGAACCACAAAGGUGUGCUCGCCAAGUGCCGUUACAUCUACUAUGGAAAGCAUUCAGAAGGCAACCGGUUCAUCCGCAAUGACCAACUCUAAUGGACCGACGGAGACACACACAUACACACACACACAUACACACAUACAUAUAUAUACACACACACACAUACACACAUACAUAUAUACAUACACACGUAUAUAUAUACACACACACACACACACACACACACACACACACACACACACACACACACACACACACACACACUAACCUAACCAACCCCAAACCCCAAAAUCAAACUCCUAACCCGUAAACCUAAUCCCUAAUCCUAAUUGUAACCCUAAUUGUAACCCUAACCCCUAAUCCUAAAAUAGCUUUUUACUUAAGUAGGGACCAGCGAAAUGUCCCCACUUGUCUGAAUUGUCCUUGUUUUACUAUCCUUAUGAGGACUUCUGGUCCCCACAAGGAUAGUAAAACCAGGGUGUAGGGAGCUGUCUCUCAGAUGGGAUGUUAAAUGGGUGUCCUGCCUCUCUGUGGUUACUGAAGAUCCCAUGGCACUUAUCGUAAGACUAGGAGUAUUAACCCCGGUGUCCUGGCUAAUUUCCCAAUCUGGCCCUCAUAGCAUCACGGUAACCUAAUCAUCCCCAGCUUACAAUUGGCUCAUUCAUCCCCCCUCCUCUCCCCUGUAACUAUUCCCCAGGUCGUUGAUGUAAAUGAGAAUGUGGUCUCAGUCAAUUUACCUGGUAAAAUAAGGGUUAAAUAACAUUUACAUAAAUCAAAUGUAUCAAGCUGAUCAAGUAGGAUUGCUGAUCUAGGAUCAGUUUUGCUAUUUAUUUAGAUGAUAAUUAAUAUGAUUAUAUGGACAGAGGGGACCUGAUCCUAGAUCAGCAUGAUGACACUCUUUAUGAAUACGGGCCCUAUAGGGAAGUGGCCUGGUCUCCUCCUCCACUGAGUUUAGGCUGCCUCUCCUGUCAGCUCCACUCUCCUGCCCCAGAGUGAACACUGACAUGAUUGCAUCUAAGCAGCAAUGCUAUACACGCACACACAACCAUACACUCAUGUGCAUGCAUGCACAUACACACACGCAGAGAACCGCACACGCAAGUGCACACACACACACACCACCCGUGGCCAUGGUGAUGGACAGCUCCAGCCAAGCGGCUGCGCUGACAGCCAAGGCAGACAUGAUGGAUCACCAGUCCCCUACCACCACUCACCAGGAGUCAGAGGUCACACCUGACGCCUCACUGAGCCUGUGUGGGGGAAGGCCAGACAGGAGAGAGGGAGGAGAGAAGGCCAGACAGGAGAGAGUGAGGAGAGAAGGCCCGACAGGAGAGAGGCAGGAGGGAAGGCCAGACAGGAGAUAGUGAGGAGAGAAGGCCAGACAGGAGAGAGGCAGGAGGGAAGGCCAGACAGGAGAGAGGGAGGGGGGAAGGCCAGACAGGAGAGGAGGGAAGGCCAGACAGGAGAGAGGGAGGGGGGAAGGCCAGACAGGAGAGGAGGGAAGGCCAGACAGGAGAGAGUGAGGAGGGAAGUCCAGACAGGAGAGAGGCAGGAGGGAAGGCCAGACAGGAGAGAGUGAGGAGGGAAGUCCAGACAGGAGAGAGGCAGGAGGGAAGUCCAGACAGGAGAGAGGCAGGAGGGAAGGCCAGACAGGAGAGAGGCAGGAGGGAAGGCCAGACAGGAGAGAGUGAGGAGAGAAGGCCAGACAGGAGAGAGGCAGGAGGGAAUGCCAGACAGGAGCGAGGGAAGAGGGAAGGCCAGACAGGAGAGAGGGAGGAGGGAAGGCCAGACAGGAGAGAGUGAGGAGAGAAGGCCAGACAGGAGAGAGGGAGGAGGGAAGGCCAGACAGGAGAGAGUGAGGAGAGAAGGCCAGACAGGAGAGAGGGAGGAGGGAAGGCCAGACAGGAGAGAGGGAGGAGGGAAGGCCAGACAGGAGAGAGUGAGGAGAGAAGGCCAGACAGGAGAGAGUGAGGAGAGAAGGCCAGACAGGAGAGUGGGAGGAGGGAAGGCCAGACAGGAGAGUGGGAGGAGGGAAGGCCAGACAGGAGAUAGUGAGGAGGGAAGGCCAGACAUGAGAGAGGGAGGAGGGAAGGCCAGACAGGAGAGUGGGAGGAGGGAAGGCCAGACAGGAGAGAGGCAGGAGGGAAGGCCAGACAUGAGAGAGGGAGGAGGGAAGGCCAGACAGGAGAGUGGGAGGAGGGAAGGCCAGACAGGAGAGAGGCAGGAGGGAAGGCCAGACAGGAGAGUGGGAGGAGGGAAGGCCAGACAGGAGAGAGGGAGGAGGGAAGGCCAGACAGGAGAGUGGGAGGAGGGAAGGCCAGACAGGAGAGUGGGAGGAGGGAAGGCCAGACAGGAGAGUGGGAGGAGAGAAGGCCAGACAGGAGAGAGGGAGAUAACUUUUCCUCAAGGACACCACCCCUGUGCUUCUGAAGCUGUAUUUGUUUAGAUUAUUUCACAGCAUUAUUUUUUGUGAUAAGGUCGUAGUUUUCAGUCUCUCUUCUAAAGGAAUGUACUUUACUUUGAUACAGGGCUUACCUGCAAGCGUAACAACACUUUUAAACUUUCACUUACCAAAUGUGUUUAGAGUUAUGCUGUUGUCAGAUAUACAUCAAUAUGAAUAUGUUAAUGCAAAAAUAAUUUGUUAUUUAGUAUUGAAUUAUUGAGAUAUUGUAUAAUUUGAAGGGAUAUCAUAUUUUCAAUUAUGAACCUGGUGAUUCAAGCCCUGAAUGCUGAUUGGCUGAUAGCCAUGGUAUAUCAGACCGUUUACCACUUGCAUGACAAAACAUUUAUUUUCACUGCUCUAAUUACAUUAGUAAGCAGUUUAUAAUAGCAAUAAGGCACCUCAGGUUUGUGGUAUAUGGCCAAUAUAACAUAGAUAGAUAGAUAGAUAUAUCGAUAGCUGCAGGCUAAUGGUAAAAUAUGCAUAUCACUCAGCACUGGCUUCUUGAUCAAUGAGACCUGACUGCAUUGUGGACAUGGCAGCGAUGUCGUAGUGAGGAUAACUACUGCUCUAGAGGGAUGUAUGGUGGGCUGUUUUUGCACCAUAGCAGCAGCAGAGGCAUCGCCCAAGUGGGUGAUACACGUUAGUGGUGGAGGAGUACUAAGUCCCAGCUACAGAGAGGCUGAUCUGAGAACGACAUCAGGGCCAGCAAGCCAACUCCAUCACCAUCUCCUGGCAUCACAGGAAGGCUACAGAGAGGCUGAGGACAACAUCAGGGCCAAAUGCAUCAUCUGGCAUCCCCGUCAUCAAGUCAUCGAGCAACUCCAGUGGGUUAUCAGAAGGACCAGCCUCAGUUAUGAGCCGGCACACUCCAUUGUGAAGGAACUCUGCGAAGCUAGCUUCAUCAACAUCAAUUUCUUUGUUUUGUUCAUUUACAUAAUUGUUAUGUCAACUUAAUUUUUUAUAGGCCUACUUACAAAUGAUCUUUAUCAGUAGGUCUAUACUGCAGUUCUGCUUAUUCUCUGGUGACUCCUGUAAUCUUCCAACCAGGAUUUGGGGGGAAAUUACCAGAAUUUAAACAGAUGAAUCAUGAAAUGUUAAUAUCAUAUUAGUAUGGAAUGAGAUAAAUUCAUUGUGAUUUAGGUUACUGAAUAUGACCUAAAUUGGGUUGUGAAGGAUUCAGAAGGCAUGCUUUUAACAUACUGUGUUAUAGAAGUUAGGAAAUAUUCCCACAUACUGAAUGUACUCAAUGUCAUCUUAUUAUCUGCCCUUUGGAAAUAAACCAAUGCUGUUAUAGGUGAUUGGCACAAAUGGAAUGGCCUCAAACGCAUCGAAACCAUGUGUUUGAUUUAUUUGAUACCAGUCCACUUAUUCCGAUCCAGUCAUUACCACGAGCCUGUCCUCCCCAAUUAAGGGGCCAUCACCUCCUGUGCCCUGAUAAACGGCUUAAUUGGAAUGUAGUGGCUGUACAGUAACAUGCUGCACUUGACGUCACAGAUUCACGGUGACGCAACAAGAAGUUGCCCCCAUCUCUCCUGCUAAUUGGGCAACUUCUGCAAUAGGUUUGUUGUCUGAGUGAGGGAAAUGCUGUCAAUUUAGAGAACUAUAUGUAUUUUGUUGAGGAUUAUAAUAAAUACAGCUAUGAUGUCAUACAAACAAGCCAAACACCCGUGAGUCCAAAUGUUACUUCACAUUCCAUAUCAUGAAACUCAUGUGAUAUACAGUGUCAACGUUUAUGAUCACUAUGUUUGAUGUACAGUUACUAGAUGACAUGGCUUCAUACCCUCUGGGUUGCUCUCAACAGAAUGAGCCUGUUUGUCUGUUGUGAAGAAUAUUUGUAGUUGAAGACUCUGAGUCAUGAAAGUGCAUUGAAAUUACUUAGGAACAGUUGUACACUUUGGAGAGAUGUGUGGCCCCUUGGAGACACCCAUUAGUCCUUUCUCUCAGACCCUUUAAAAAAUGUUUUGUAUGUUUCACCAUUCCCCACAUUUACUAUGUUACUGAACAUAUCCAGAGUAUUUUCUGAUUUCGUUAUCAAGAAAAGUACAGUAAAUGUCAAAUGCACAUAAACACAACAGUGUAAUGUUUGGAUUCAGUGUUGUGUCAGGUGAACUGUUGUGUCCUCACCUUUAGUCUAAUCAUUUUCCCAUAAUCUCCACUGUUCCCUUUUAAUUGUGACCAUGGUUAUGCAUUUGUUUUUCUGUGAACAUUUACAUUUAUCCCUAUCCAUAUAGGCCACUUCCCAAGAGUGUAAAGGGUUAAAGGUCACUGCUUUGAUUACAAUAUUUUACUUGA